UUUUUUAUUUUUAUACAAAUGAGCUAAAGGUACCCUCAGUGAGUCUGGCCUUGCCUCCGGUGGGCUGGCACAGCACUGUGGAGCAGCCCAAGCAUAGCACCACGGUCUGUGCGUGGCUGAACACGGUGGUGAUCUUGUAGCAACCUGAAGAAAUGGAGCGUUCUCUUACGAUUGGUUUUGAUGCCGAAUUCCAUCUGAUGUAGCUGUCCUUAUGGUCGUGACUGAUAUAAGUUGUGUGUUUUUCAACUUUUUUUUUUACUUUUGGUUAUGCUAUCAAACUAUGAUUACACUAUAUGUGCUUUGUAACUUAUUGGAGCACGGUUUGUGACGUUAUUCUACCUGGGCACUUCACGUCCAUGAAGAACGAGUUGGGGCUCUGGACGAGUCGCUUCUUCUUGUGAUGCAUUCGCUCAUCAUCCAGAGAAGGAUGCAGAAGGUCUUUUGCGAGCUGAGACACAACACAAACCUUAGGAAACUAUAACAAUGUAUUAUCACACAAACCUCGACGAUUGUGUCCGUUUACACGAAAUAAGUACGCACCAGAUAAGCCUAGAAUAGGCCGAUGGGCAUGUCAGGACACGUCACUGCCUACGCUUACUACAUAAGAAAAUCGAUUCAGACAAUCUUACGGAUACUCUACGGCAAGAUACUGUACGUUUAUUGAACUUUGAGCAGUUUAUGUCGUUAGUAGGCCUGUUGCCAGCUAGAAGAAAGCCAAACCGUGCAUGCGUAUGCAACUUUAAUUAAAAGAAAAAGACUGCAUCAGGCAUGUUGAUGGUUCCCAUAUUAAGAUGUCCAAAGCAGUUAUUGUACUGGUUGGAACUGGUGGUUGUAUUGGCGUUUUAAAGAGGCUCACACCUCAGGUGUAAGUCAGUACUUAAACAUGUUUACCAUUAAGUUUCCGUUAGAAUCCCACGUCAGGGGAGCAGUUCAGGCUGCUUAGCAUGCUAGCUGCAUCACAUGUGCAUCACAUGUGCCAUACUGACAGUUAUAUCGAGGAUCUGGAUGUCACUUAGCUUUCAUAUUAAUAACCAUAAGGGGCUGAGAGAGUUAAACAGUGUUACUUACAGGCAUUGUGAUGGAGUACGAAGUUGGUGGUUGUUGGUCGUAGUUUCGCCUGAUUGGUCCACUGCAGCAGCACAGCAGAUCCACUAGGGUGUUUUGGAGAGGUCCCUCUGUGAACUACAUAGACCAGGGUGCGACGGGCCCAUGACGUGACGUCACGUGUUCACCGGUGGCUCUGAGCGACAGCUGGUGAGGAUCUCCAGACAGGGGGAUUCCGGUGUAUCAACCCGUUAUUAAUGCAUAGGCGUUUCAAUGGCGAAAACAUAUGACUACCUGUUCAAGCUGUUGCUCAUCGGGGACAGCGGAGUGGGGAAGACGUGUCUCCUGUUCAGGUUCAGCGAGGACGCGUUCAACACCACGUUCAUAUCAACCAUAGGUAUUGAUUUUAAGAUCCGAACAAUAGAGCUGAAUGGGAAGAGAGUGAAGCUCCAGAUUUGGGACACUGCAGGCCAGGAGCGGUUCAGAACCAUCACCACAGCCUACUACAGAGGAGCCAUGGGCAUAAUGCUGGUGUAUGACAUCUGCAACGAGAAGUCUUUUGAAAACAUAAAGAACUGGAUAAGAAAUAUUGAAGAGCAUGCAUCCUCAGAUGUAGAGAAGAUGAUUCUGGGCAACAAGUGUGACAUAAGUGACCGGAGACAAGUGUCCAAAGACAGGGGGGAGAAGCUGGCUAUUGAUUACGGAAUUAAGUUCUUGGAAACCAGUGCCAAGUCCAGUUUAAAUGUAGAGGAGGCUUUUUAUACAAUAGCCAGAGACAUCCUGCAGAAUCUUAGCACAAAGACGACCGAAGCAUCAGGAGCGGAAGGUUCGCUCAAAAUCACAGAAAAGAAGUCGAGGAGGAUGAAGUUUUUCAAGUGCGCUCUUCUCUAAAGGACUCGUCCGAUGGUGGCUGCUCUGGAGCAACUGGUUCGUUUUUGGGGAUGGUUCCUACUUCUAAACCGCCUUUGGGUAGCAGCUUGGCUGUUCUCCUUCCCUGAAGACCACAGCGGGCUCUGCCUUGUGUCUCUAUCCUGAGAAGUAUUGUAAACAAAAGAUACAAGCGAAACCUGCACACAGGAUAGCCUCCGGUCAGCGGAGAGAGAUAGUCACAUAUAGUCAGCCUGCAGCGUUUGAUUGCAGGAGAGCGGGUUAAGAAGGCAUGAAUGGCCACUGAUUUCAAGAUGCGGUUGCAAUUGCAAAAAAAAAGAAAAUCAUGCUUUUUUUUGUCUCAUAAGCUGCUAUUGUUGUUGUUUCGAGAUAGAGCAAGGAAAGUCUCUGUAUGCCGUGGGAUCUUAUGGCUAAAGUCUACAUGUAACUGGUCGUCCAUGGUAUUAUUCAUAUAGGAGGCAGAUAUGUGGGACAUAGGUUGACUUCUGUAUGCUUAUUAUGUAUACAGGUUUCAUGUUAUAUGAAUAUGAAUGUUCAAAUAUUUAAACAAUAGGUUUUUAUUUAUGUGUUUAUAGAAAGUAGUGUGCCAAUCGUGUGAUGGUAUUAAACUAGAAAAGUUUACGCAUCAAAACAAAUAAAUGGGCUGCGCAUUAUUUAUUUUAUUUUAACUUCAACUUGUAUAGUAUACAUUCAUACAUUUAACUUAAAUUGCCAACAUUCACAUCAAAGUACUUUGCACAACUGUAAUGGUCGAAAUUUCACACUAAAAUGUUUCAGUAAAGAUGUUAAAUGUGACUUUUAACAAGCGUGGUAUUUCAUUUUGCAAUAACCUAUUAAUGAUACUGACUGAGCUGUGGUGUUGAUUGUUAAUUAAAAGUCUUGUUUCUUUGAUUGUCAUACUGCUUCCUGCUGCCU